CACCUUCUUGAGAUCCAGGUGUCUUAUAUCACAGCAUCCCUUUCCCAUUCUCAGAACAGGGUCCAAGCUGUGGACCAUCUUCCCCAGGUGUCCUUUCCUUUUGUAGGCAGAGAUCAAGAAUGGUGCUUGUGGUGGCAGAGGGCAUGGAAUGGGGAACCAGGCAUCUCCAACUUCUGCCUUUCCCUACAGGAAUGGGAUGCUGGGCCCGGGAGGUGCUGGUCCCCGAGGGGCCCUUGUACCGCGUGACUGGAACAGCUGUCUCCAUCUCCUGCAAUGUGACCGGCUACGAGGGACCUGCCCAGCAGAACUUCGAGUGGUUCCUGUAUAGGCCUGAGGCCCCAGAUACUGCACUGGGCAUUGUCAGUACCAAGGAUACCCAGUUCUCCUAUGCUAUCUUCAAGUCCCGAGUGGUGGCGGGUGAGGUGCAGGUGCAGCGCCUACAAGGUGAUGCUGUGGUGCUCAAGAUUGCCCGCCUGCAGGCCCAGGAUGCUGGCAUUUAUGAGUGCCACACCCCCUCCACUGAUACCCGCUACCUGGGCAGCUACAGCGGCAAGGUGGAGCUGAGAGUUCUUCCAGAUGCCCUCCAGGUGUCUGCUGCCCCCCCAGGGCCCCGAGGCCGCCAGGCCCCAACCUCACCCCCACGCCUGAUGGUGCAUGAGGGGCAGGAGCUGGCACUGGGCUGCCUGGCGAGGACAAGCACACAGAAGCACACACACCUGGCUGUGUCCUUUGGGCGAUCUGUGCCUGAGGCACCAGUUGGGCGAGCAACUCUGCAGGAAGUGGUGGGAAUCCGGUCAGACUUGGCCGUGGAGGCCGGAGCUCCCUAUGCUGAGCGACUGGCUGCAGGGGAGCUUCGUCUGGGCAAGGAAGGGACCGAUCGGUACCGCAUGGUAGUAGGGGGUGCCCAGGCAGGGGACGCAGGCACCUACCACUGCACUGCCGCUGAGUGGAUUCAGGAUCCUGAUGGCAGCUGGGCCCAGAUCGCAGAGAAAAGGGCUGUCCUGGCCCACGUGGACGUGCAGACACUGUCCAGCCAGCUGGCAGUAACAGUGGGGCCUGGUGAACGUCGGAUCGGCCCAGGGGAGCCCUUGGAACUGCUGUGCAAUGUGUCAGGGGCACUUCCCCCAGCAGGCCGUCAUGCUGCAUACUCUGUAGGUUGGGAGAUGGCACCUGCGGGGGCACCUGGGCCUGGCCGCCUGGUAGCCCAGCUGGACACAGAGGGUGUGGGCAGCCUGGGCCCUGGCUAUGAGGGCCGACACAUUGCCAUGGAGAAGGUGGCAUCCAGAACAUACCGGCUACGGCUAGAGGCUGCCAGGCCUGGUGAUGCGGGCACCUACCGCUGCCUCGCCAAAGCCUAUGUUCGGGGGUCUGGGACCCGGCUUCGUGAAGCAGCCAGUGCCCGUUCCCGGCCUCUCCCUGUGCACGUGCGGGAGGAAGGUGAGAGGGGGCUGGGCCCUGGACACGGUUCGAGGAUUGUCAACCCCUUUUCCUUCUGUUUCCAUGCCCCCCUCCCUCUCCAUCAGCUGCUUGCAUGCCACAGCCUCACGCUCCUGUUCUCCCAAUAUUGUGGGAAUACCCUGAGUUUCCUGCGGCGGUGCUUGGCAGCAGCUCUAACCCCAUGCUUCCUGGCCCUGCACCCUCUGACCCCAUGUCCUUUGUUCUGCAGGCGUGGUGCUGGAGGCUGUGGCGUGGCUAGCAGGAGGCACAGUGUACCGGGGGGAGACUGCCUCCCUGCUGUGCAACAUCUCUGUGCGGGGUGGCCCCCCAGGACUGCGGCUGGCCGCCAGCUGGUGGGUAGAGCGACCAGAGGACGGAGAGCUCAGCUCUGUCCCUGCCCAGCUGGUGGGUGGCGUGGGCCAGGAUGGUGUGGCAGAGCUGGGAGUCCGGCCUGGAGGAGGCCCUGUCAGCGUAGAGCUGGUGGGGCCCCGAAGCCAUCGGCUGAGACUGCACAGCUUGGGGCCCGAGGAUGAAGGCGUGUACCACUGCGCCCCCAGCGCCUGGGUGCAGCAUGCCGACUACAGCUGGUACCAGGCGGGCAGUGCCCGCUCAGGGCCUGUUACAGUCUACCCCUACAUGCAUGGUAAGUGACACCCCUCUACCCUCUUCACUCUGCCUUCCUCCCGGCCCCUGCUGCUGGCCUUCCCUUCCCAUCUUCUCACCCUCCUGCUACUAUCUCUCUCCUCCACAUCCUGUCACAUGAAGUCUCAAAAAAUCCAACUUCCAGCCCUGCAGUGCCCACCUGCAUGGGGUCCUCUGUGGUUGAUGCUGACUUGCAUGCUGAGGGGGCAGGCUGUGGGCAGGGAUGGGGUGCCUGUGAAUGGAGAAGGUGGGUUCAGAGAACUUGAUGGGGAACGUGUAGAGGCAAGUGUGAUGGGUGGAGGAUGAUGGCAUCCUCUCUGAACAGUCAUACUCUCUCCCCCAGCCCUGGACACCCUGUUUGUGCCUCUGCUGGUGGGUACAGGGGUGGCCCUAGUCACUGGUGCCACUGUCCUCGGUACCAUCACUUGCUGCUUCAUGAAGAGGCUUCGAAAACGGUGAUCUCUUACUCCCCAGGUGAGGGAAAAGAACCCCCAACCUUGUUUUCACUGGGCUUCCCACCACCAAGUCCUGAACCAAGCUGCUCCCUCCCAGGCCCCACCUGGAGGAGGAGUAGGCAGCUCAGAUCCACAGGGCCCUGUUAAGGGGUGGAGGCCACGAGGGAGCCCCACGCAGGGCUCUCUGUCCUUAGCUCACGCUGGGCGCCCUUUUCAGGUCUUGCAGGUGUUGACUGUCUUCCGGCCCAGCUCCAAGCCCUCCUCUGGUUGCCUGGACACCCUCUCCCUCUGUCCACUCUUCCUUUAAUUUAUUUGACUUCCCACUACCCAGAAUGGGAGACAUCCCUCCCCUUCCCCACUCCUUCCCUCCCAAGCCCCUCCCUCUGGCCUUCUGUUCUUGAUCUCAUAGGGAUCCUAUAGGGAGGCCAUUCCCCAUCCUGGAAUUAGUUUUUCUAAAAAGUGAAUAAACUGGUUUUAUAAAAA